GUUUAUUCCUGAAAGUCUCCUCCUGUCUCCUCCUCGUGUCUCCUCCUUGUGUCUCCUCGUGUCUCCUCCUGUCUCCUCCUGCUGUCUCAGGUUCGUCUCUCACUUUUCAUUGGAAGCAGAAUUCUUCUCGUUUCUCUUGAGAACAAACGCGCAGUUUCUCUUCUGGUGGAAAUGAACGCUGCGUAAAAGUGACCUCACGGAUCUGACUUUGCUGCAGAGACCAGCGUUGUGUGUGUCUGUGUAUUUGUGUGCGUGUGUGCGUGUUUGUGUGUGCGUGUCCUCAGGCUCGUUGUGCUGCUGUGUGUCUGUUUGAUUCCUCGGUGUGUUGCCGGUUCGAUUCCCCCUGAUGUGUUGUGCUUUGACCCGUAUCGUGUGACCGCCCGCGCGCCGCCUCCUCUGCGUAAAGCUGAACCGGAUCAGACUCCACCCGGGCCGGUUCGGGACACUCGUCACAGUCUGAAUCUGCAGAACUCUGGGUUCAUGCCGGAUUUCGAGCACUUCAGAUUCUCCUACUCGAGCAUGUAUCCGGUCCUGGGGGAGAGCGGCUUCCUGGCCCCGCAGCAGCAGCAUCAGAUGCCGGGCCAGCCCGACUCCAACAUCCCGGAGCCCGGGUACAUCCUCGGGGAGCACACCGGGUUCGGGCCGGACGGGUUCUCCGGGUUGGACCCGUCGGGCCUGGCCUACCUGCACCUGAGCAGCCCCCUGCACCGCGGGCCCCCGGGGGCCACCGCGCUGCGCAACGACCUGGGAUCGAACAUCAGCGUGUUGAAGACCCUGAACCUGCGCUUCCGCUGCUUCCUGGCCAAGGUGCACGAGCUGGAGCGCAGGAACAAGGUUCUGGAGAAGCAGCUGCAGCAGGCGCUGGGGGACAGCGGCCCGGGGGACGGGCCCCCGAGGCCCCCCACCAGGGACGUGGGGGUCCAGACCGGAUUCAUCGGGCCCAUCCCCGGCAGACCGGGCUUCAUCCCGCUGCCCAACGCCAACAACCCGGCCUACCUGCCCGGCGGCCUGCUGUCCCCCACCCUGAACCCCCCCUCCUCCUAUGACAACAGACACCUGCUGCUGAGCAACCACCUCCACCCCCCCACGGAUUCAAACUCCAACCUCACGUCCACCAGCCCGGCCCUGAGUCCCUGCGAUCCGUCCAGGACCUUCACCAACAUCAACGAGAGGUACUCAGUGGACACCGGGACGAACACCCACUGCGCCCCCCCUCCUCCGCCCCGGUUCCUGCCCGGGUCGAUGUGGUCCUUCAACCACAGCCGCAGGUUCGGCACCGGCCGGGAGUCGUGCGUCACGGGGCCCGGGGUCUCCUGGACGCACCCGGACGGCGUCGGGGUCCAGAUCGACACCAUCACGCCGGAGAUCCGGGCCUUGUACAACGUGCUGGGGAAGGUGAAGCGGGAGCGGGACGAGUACAAGAGAAGGUGGGAGGAGGAAUACACCGCCCGGAUGGACCUGCAGGAGAAGGUGGUGGAGCUGGAGGAGGAGCUGCAGGAGAGUGAGGUGUGUCAGGAUGAGUCGUCUCUCCGGGUGAAGCAGCUGACGGCCGAACUCGUUCUCUUCAAGGGCCUCGUCAGUAACGAUCUGUCCGACCUGGACAGUAGGAUCCAGGAGAAGGCCAUGAAGGUGGACAUGGACAUCUGCCGCCGCAUCGACAUCACCGCCCGCCUCUGUGACGUGGCCCAGCAGAGGAACUGCGAGGACAUGAUUCAGAUCUUUCAGCAGGUGGCCACGCCCCCCUCCACUCUGAACCGCCGGGCCAGGAAGCCGAGCGGCGCGUCGGCGAGGGGCGGGGACGGAGACGAGCUGAGCGUGUCCGAGAGCGAGGGAGGCGGGGCCAAAGACGAGGAGUCAUGCAGCACGUCGGCCAAUCAGAUCAACGAGCAGAUGCAGAAGAUGCUGAACCAGCUAAGAGAGUGUGAGUUCGAGGACGACUGCGACAGUCUCGCCUGGGAGGAAAACGAAGACACUCUUCUGCUGUGGGAAGAUUUUUCUGGAUACACACUGGGAGUUGAAACACAGGGCGAGCCUCAGCAGCAGGACGAGUCCAUCGAGAAGGUGAUCAAUGACACCGAGUGCCUGUUCCAGUCCAGAGAGAAGGAGUACCAGGACACCAUCGACCAGAUCGAGCUGGAUCUGUCCACAGCGAAGAGCGACAUGAACCGUCACCUGCACGAGUACAUGGAGAUGUGUUCCAUGAAGAGAGGCCUGGACGUCCAGAUGGAGACGUGCAGGAGGCUGAUCACACAGAGCGGAGACAGGAAGUCCACCUCGCUCGUCCCCCUGACCGUGGAGGACACGGAGGAGAAGGAGAAGAAGAAGCCGGCUCUGCCCGCCAGCCCGGAGAGCGGCGGCUCUUACAGCGAUGUCACUGCCCCCCCUCCUCUGACCUGGAGGAAGCCCUGACAGCAGGUUCUCUGUCAUCUCGUCUCUCCGGUGAUCUUCUCUGUUCCUCCAGCUGCUUGUGGAAACUUUGAUUCCAGGUCCAGGUGUGUUUCUAUCGCUGAGUGGAAAUCAGCCGAUGUCUCGAUCUUUAAUCUUCUCUGAAAGCAUCUUCAGAAGAUUUGGAACAAAAUGGUGGAUUUGAGUCUGAGGCCUCAGGAAACUUCCACCGACGAUUAUUAAAAAAAGAAACAAUCUCUGAGUUUCUGUUUUCCUGCACGACGACAUCAUCAGGACGAGUUUUCUUUAGUUUCCAUCUCUGACUGGAAAAUAAUAUGGCCGACAGGAAAGCUCCCAAAAGUGAAGCCACAGCUUUGUGAUUGCCCCCUGGUGGCUGACUACAGUCACUAACCCUUCUCCUCCGUGUUAGCAGACAUGGACCAAACAGAGAAAUCAAAGUAGAAGUUAAAUAACUGUUUGUUAAAGAUGUUUCUGAUCCGUUUUGUUUCGAUCAGUUAUUUGAUGAUAUCAAAAGGGCUCAUGAUUGACAGCUGAGACUGAUUGGUCGAGGGCAUGUGUGGGCGGGACCUUGAGACCGCGGCUCCACUCCACGACCUCUACUGCAAAGACUCCAAAGGACACAAGAUGGCGGCGUUGGUAUCCCAGAUGUUUUGGCUUCACUUUUUGUGCGACGGCAGGAAGUGGAGACGUGUCGUCCGUCUUCACAGUUUAAGUCUCAUCUCGCUGUUCAGUGCAGGAGCUGCUUCUGACAGCUGAGCACAGAGAGGAGGAAACGCACAGAGAAGAUUUGCACAUGAUGAACUGUUCAUUAUUAGAGUUUAUUUCCACUUAUUAAAGCGAGAAGUUUAUUUUUGAGUAUUUUCGUGUUGCACGUUUGGUGGAAGCUCGACUUCACUUUCUGGAGCUGCACUGACACAAAGAGAAUUUGAUCAAAGUCCCAAUUUGCCUUCAAUAAAUAUCCAAUAUCUGAUAAACAUGACACCUUCUCUGAUAAACAGACAAACGUCCUGAAAUCCUAUUAAAAGGUUUAAUCCCCCAUUUUCUAUUAGUUGUCACUUUGCACAGUAGAAACAACUAAACCUUAUUUUUUUAAUUAAAGAUAAAAAAAUCUUCAAUAACAACACUCGGGCCUGAAGUCGGGAACGUGCUCAUAUCAUUUGUGUUUAUUUGGUGUUAGAUUGACCUGAGUUAGAUUUGAAUGUUCUACACUUACAGAGAAAUCACUUUGUCUUGUUUUUAAAGUUUCAAUAUUUAGAGUCAAAAUCAUUAAAUAUGAAAACUAACAGAAAGUAUUAAAUAUAAAGAGAAAUAUAAAGUUGAAUAUUCUGUUUUGUUGGUGUCCAGCCUGAACCCUUCACAGAGGUCCCCACUUUCCACAUGAUUUAAAUUAUUAAACUGUAGUAACACAGUUCAACCGUCAUAGGUUCUAGAUUUUCACUUUUUUUAUCCAACCUUGAUUUUUACCUUGUAAAUGCAGCCUGUAAAAGUUAGACCUGUAUAUUAUAUAUAUAUAUAUAUAUAUAUAUAUAUAU